AUUUUAUUUGUUUUCCUAUUACUUUUAUACACGUAAAAGAUAAUGUCAAGAUUAUCCAUACUUUUUUUACUGGCGAUAUGUUUACUCAGUAUAGUAUCCGGGCAAAUGGAUGCAAAGACUAAAAAGUUGAUACAACUGGCUAAAGAAAACAAUGGUGUUGUCAAAUUGGACUCAAAUGCUUAUUUCAAAUAUACACAAGGGAAACGCGAAUACGGUAUGGUGAUUCUACUCACUGCUCUCGGUGAUCAAUUCCGUUGUGUUCCUUGCCGUGAAUUCGAUCCUGAAUAUAAAUUGGUGGCCUCAAGUUUCCGGAAAGGAAAGGAACCUAAUAAAGUAUUCUUUGGUCACUUGGAUUUUCAAGAUGGUCAAGCAGUUUAUCAACAGUUGGCUUUACAAACAGCUCCCAAUGUGCUAUAUUUCCCUCCUUCUGAUGCUAGUGACAAGAAAGAUGCGAUCAAGUAUGAUCUUGCUAGAAAUGGAUUUUCUGCAGAACCUUUGGCAGAGUUUAUUAAGAAUCAAUCUGGAAUAUCAUUCAAUGUAGUUCGUCCUUUUGAUUAUGGAUUAUUCUUGGCCAAGGUGAUUUUGGGUCUUGGUGCUCUUGCUAUUCUCAAAUUGGUUUAUCGUUACUUUAGCUUUAUUCUCUUCCACAAGAACACAUGGACUGCUGCUACCAUUCUGACAGUUCUUGUCAUGACGUCUGGUCAUAUGUUUAAUCGUAUCCGCAAUACUCCAUAUUCUCUUCCUGGUCCUAAUGGUCAACUUAGCUAUGUUGCAAGCGGUUUCUCAACACAAUAUGGUAUCGAAACUCAAAUUGUAGCAGCAAUGUAUGGUGUGCUUGCUUUUGCUGUUGUCAAUUUGGCUAUCACUAUACCAAAUUUUGAUGACAAGUGGCGUCAACGUGCGGGGGUUUAUAUCUGGGUAAGUUGCUUUAUAGUCGUUUUCAGUUGUUUGAUGGCCCUCUUCAAGAUCAAGAACGAAGCAUAUCCUUUUAAAAUCUUAUUUUAAAGGAUUGUUAGAUUAGAUUGAAUCAACCAAUAAAACUUUAUAUAUUCUUUAUUUCCA